AUGGAAAACCCGGCUUCAAAUAUUUAUCCAGCUUCACCUUCUGAACAACAUCAACAUCAUUUAAAUAGUAGUAAUAAUAAUAAAACUUAUUCUCAACAAUAUCAACGUGAUGAAUACCAUCAAUUUCGUCUUCCUCCACCUUCAAAUUUUAAUUUCAAUUAUACCCCACUACCAACACCUGCUGCACAAACGUCUUCUAUAACCGAUGCAAUGAUAAGAUCCACAAAAAUACCCUUCUGGGCAACCCUUCGGAUGAAUUUGAUGAUACCAUUGGAUGAUCAAAAAUUUUGGUCAUCUCCUCAUCAAGAUAAAGGAUUCGCACCAUUGUAA